UUGUAUUUCUUUCGAAAUGGGUGAUAUUAUAAAUAAUAUGGAAGUUUUCAAAAAGCUGGACUUUGACUCUUCCAAUCAGUGGAUAUUCUACGAUGAACGCUUCCAUAAAUUUUUUGAUUUCUUUGCCAACAAUAUUACGGAUUCAAAUAUUCUAUUGGAAAAUGAAAUUUUGGAUCAUGAGGAGUAUGUUAAACGUAAUGAAUAUUUGAGUGCGGCAGAUAGGAAACCACGUCUGGACGAUUUGGAAAAGGAAUAUAUGGGAUUGUUUUCGCACACCAAAGAUGAAGUGGAUAAUUUACAACAGGAAUAUGAUAUAAUGGAAAUGGCAUAUAAUAACUACAAUGUUAUGGUGGAAGAUAUGAGAGAAACAAAAAACAAUUUGAAUUGUGAAUUUAGUCGCCUGGAAGAGCGUUAUAAUGUCUUGAAAAAUAAAGAAAAGGAAUUAUUGUCACAGUGUCAAACAAAGGUGAAGCAACUGGAGGAUAUGGAAAUGGAAAAUCACAAGAAAUGUGAAGAAGUGCUGAAGACAUUUUCCAAAAUGCAAUCUCCCCCUUUGUUCAUGCAUCAAUUACCUUUGGAUCAAUAUUUCUUGAAAUGUGAAUCAUUUACCCAAUAUUUUUCCUUGUAUAUCAAGGAGAAUUUCAAAAUCCAAGAAUUUAUUGAAUUGGAAACAAGUUUGACUGAAAACCAAGAAACCAUUGAAAAGUUGGGCAAAUUGAAGAAGGGCAUUGAAAAAUACACCCUAGCUUAUAUUAUGGAAAAGGCCAAAAGUCAUGCUCUCAGAUGUGCCAUUGAUGCCUUAAAUCUCACUCAGAUUCAUGUCAUCAGUCUAACCGAUAUGGAAAGGGAAACUCACGAGUUGGCUCAGGCAAAAUCACGUCUAGAAAUUGCCCAUCAAACGUUGAUGGUUGAUAUGCAACAUCAGAUACAGCAGAAGGCCCAACAAACAGUCGAAUUGAUACUCUACGAAAAUACAAAGCAGAAAUUGGAAAGAGCCCAUAAACGGCAUGAAAAUGAUCGUAAUCUAAGGAAGAUUAUAUCCGAGGCCCUAUCAAAUGCAGAAUUAAUUUGGAUGACCAUACAAAUGGAUAUGGAAAAGAAACGAAAUCGUUUUGAUAACACCGAACAAUUAACCAGUGACGCACAGCGUUGUGCUAUGCGUAUUCAGCAUAUGAAGAAUUCACAAUCCCGUGGUUUAACAGGAGAAUUUAUUCAACAGCUGGCCCAAAUGUUGGGUCAACAUUUACAACAGCAGCUACGCUGUGAGGUCAAGGCGUGCCUCUAUGAAUAUGAAAAAUUUAAACGUUUAAUGGCCUAUUCACUGCAAGGAUUAUUAAAUCGUAAACCAUAUUCAUCGGCCAUAGAAAAAUUGAAAGAAAUUAAUCGCAUUGAAAGCAUUUUACGUCCUUUCGUUUACGACAGUCCAGUCAAUGCUCCAAUGUUUGAAAAUGUCCACUAUUUAAGACCAAUUUUUAAUGUUAAAACUCAACAGUAUCGCAUUGAUAAACAGUUAAGGCAAUUGCGUACAGAAUUUCAUGAGAAUGUCACGGAACGUUUGGAAAAGGACAAAUUAUGGCGUUAUAGCCAAUUGUUGUGGAUAUGGUUCUUAACAGAACCACGCCGUGUCUUACAUGCCAUUGAAGAGGCAAAAAAGGCCGCUGCAAAAGUUCCCCAAAUGACUGGCAUCAAAACCUUGGGUGGUAUUAAACGUAAAUGA